AUGACAGACCGACUGCCAGAAAGCAACACGAAGAGCAGCGACGACGCGAUUGAAACGCCUGACGACGACGGGCGGAAGGCGAUUCUUGGGUCGACUCAAGAAACGACUGAGAGCCCUGACGACGAGCGGAAAGCGAAGACCGGCAGAUCAAGUAGCAAGUCGAACCUGGUUGGGGGGUUGUUUGGCGUCUUUAGGAGGGAUUCAGGGACUAAGUCCCAGAAGGCCUCUGGUGACGGGAGGUUCUUCAAGAGCAAGAGCACGGGUGGGGCUCUUGGUGGGGGAACCAAGCGAGAGAAGGGAGAAAAGGGAGAUGAGGGAGACGAGGGGGUAAAGGGAGAGGAGGGACAGGAGGGAGAGAGGCGUGAGGAGGGAGAGGAGAAUGAGGAGGAGGAGGAAGAACUAGAAAAAGUGGCUCUUGCAGGGAGGAGGCGAAGCACAGAUGCCGAGCGAGGCAAGGGAGAGGCUUCUGGUGUGGUAGAGAGAGAAGAGAAGGGGACAGAGAGCGCUGGGAGCGCGUCAGGUUCGGAACUUGGCUCGGUUUCAGGCUCGGCGUCAGGUUCGGCGUCAGGUUCGGGGCUGGCUUCGGCGGAUGGAGCAGCACAUGGAAGGGAUGAUUCGGAGGGCGAGUCCCAACCUGCCCCGCGGAAGAGGGAGACCCUGUGGGGAUUCAUCAGAAGGACGUCCAGCACUGUAGCAGCGCCCAAGGCAGACGCGCACCAGCCAAUCAUCUCCUCCUCCAGUCCGCCUCACGAUCCCUCUGACACCCUUGACGCCUCUCAAACCCUCCCUUCCCGUUCCCCCCUGCAUUCCCGUUUCGCCCUCCAUCCUUUUUUGCCCAUCCAGCGCCCAAGGCAGAAGCGCACCAGCCAAUCAUCUCCUCCUCCAGUCCGCCCCAUGAUCCCCCCGACACCCUUGACACCGUCUCACCAUCCUUCCCUGGGAAAGAAGGCCGCACUGAGGAUUUUCCGGGCAGUUCUGGUGCUCGUGCUUAAGUUGGGAGCACAUGCAGGCCUAACACCCCUCAACACCGCUUCAACAUCAUCCACUGAUGACCCCACGCCCAUCGCCACGCCCAUUGCCACGCCCAUCGCCACACCCAUACCCACACCCUUACCCAAAACCUUACCCCCACGCAUCCCCACACCAAUCCGCACCACUGAAUCCGCUGCCACUGCUGCUGCCACUGCUGCUGCCGCCGCUGCAAGCACUGCAGACAGCAGUGCAGCAGGGCGAUUGAACCUUGACCUGCCCACCCCUCGCUUCCCCUUGUUCUCUCCUGCGGCUCUCCAGUCCCCUGCUGGUGACCUAGCCUCCUUUGCCCCCUUCCGCAGCACCACAGCCACCAGUGGUGGGGUUGCAGGUGGAGGGGAUUUCUUAGCUGUUAAGAAAAUCGCGCCACCAGUGCAGCAUUCGGCAGCACAUCGCGGCCCUCUCGCUCCUGCUGGCGACUUGGCCGCGUUUGCUGCCUUUGGGAACACUGCUUCCAAUCCUUCAACCCUAAACACUUCAACAAACCCUUUCUUAAGUGCUAUGGGAGACCCAGCAGCGGCAGGGGGGGAUGGAGGGCGAGGAGGAGGCGGUGGUGUGGAAUCCGGCGCAGCAAUAACAGCAGCUGGAGCGGCAGCAGCAGGAGCAGGAACAGCAGGAGCAGGAACAGAGGGCGAGGACUGGGAUGCCAUGUUGCUUGCUUCCUUUGGUCGCUGUCACACCAUCGACGGGUCAUUCAGAGAAGCCAUGCGCGCUGCUAAUGCGCAAGAGGAGACUGAGACAGCAUGGGACGACGAUCAGGCAGAGGAGGAGAAGCAGGCACAAGGCAGCCUAGCACAGGAUUUCCCAGCACAGAACUUGUUGGCAGAGAACAACAACCAGGGACAGGAUUAUCAGGCGCAGAACAAGCAGGUGCUUGGGGCGUUCAGGCAGUAUGAGUUGGUUCGGGAGUCAGGGAGGGUCGCAGGUGGCAGGGGCUCAGGUGCAGGUGGAACUUCAGGUUUGAAAGAACAGCCCGUGCCCCCAGCUAGUGGUAUGAGCCCCUUUGCACCUUCUGGAAAUUCCUUUCCUUUACAGCAGCAACAGUCACAAGCCCAGCAACAGACCAAUCCAUUCCUUUCUCCAGGCACAAGCAGCAUCGGCUCGGCUAAUAAAGUGGGAGAAUCUGAACCCCUGUUUGCCAGUACAGGGUCUGCUUAUAAAGAAUCGUCUGCCGAGGCGCACCAGGAGGGGCAAUGGCUGGGGAAGCAGGAGGGGCUGUGGCAGAGCAUGGAGCAAGGGGCUGGCUCCAAGGGGAAUGGGCAGAAACAAGGUGCUUCCUUGAUGACUCAGAAGCAAGCUGGUUCUAUGGCUCAGAAACAACCUGCUUCCAUGGCUCAGAAGAUUCUUGCCAGUAACCCAUUCCUUGUGAUUCCCGGCAUGAGCAGUAGUGGUAAUGGUGCUGGUUAUAACGAGGAUAGCAGGGGUUUGCUUGGUGGGGAGGAUACUCCCAAGGGACUGCAGGAACUGGACUGUCCGGGUAGCAUGCCUCUCAAGCACCGCAGUGGUAGCAUGUCCUUCAACAUCGAGCACUUCGCACUUCCUUUUGUGAUGUGUGCCUUCUCCUUUCAGGGAGUCCCCGGCUGCGCUUCUUAG